UUGCGUGUUUUCAGUCUCAGUUUUGGGCACACUGGUUUUGGCCUUUUCACUCUCAUGUGUUGCACGCCUCUGCUUUGUGGGUGAGAGAAGCAGCGUCACAGUAGAUGUCAGAGCAUGAAAGGCGGGAUGUGAAUAUAAGUAGCAAUGCUCAAGCUAACACUGUGAUACAAUGGACACUGCAAAGCUCUGGUUUACACUGCUCUGUUUUUGUAACAUCUGGAUUUUGUGUCUGGCUAUACGAUGUGACUGGACCAAAGAGUAUGCAUAUAAUAACAAAUGCUGUAAAGCCUGUCCUUCAGGUGAGUAUCCCAAAGAACCAUGUUCAGAUAUGUGUCAGAAAUGUUCAACAGCUUUUUCGGCUAAGGACAAAUGUUUCUGCAAAGAUAAUCACGUAUGUUCUAAUGAUAAAUGUGAAAGUUGUAAUCCCAGGGAGAGAUGCAAACCUGGACAUCAGCUGAUCAGAAAUGGUGCCUUUGAAUACACUUACUAUUGUGAGCAAUGUUCAGACAACACUUACAGUGAUGCUGAGGACAGCAUAUGUAAACCCAUUACAAAGUGUGUUGGUGGUGAAAUCUUCGCUGGAAACCGGACCCACAAUGCAAGAUGUGCCUCUUCUGUCACAACAGUUCACCCAGCAAAAGAAGAAAAACAAGAGAGCCAUACUAUUGAUUAUUUAAUGGUGGCCAGUUUAGCAAUCACUUUGUUGACCUGCAUGAUUUUUAUCAUGUAUACUGCUUUUAAAUUUUUCAGAUACAAGAUGCUCAGAAAAAUAAGCAAACAGUGCACACAUAAUUGCAAACUAUCCAAGGAGGAGGAGGGUGAGGAAGAUGACUCCAAGUCAGAGAUCUCAGAAGUCCCUUUCAAGCAUGAUCUCUACAGCUUUCCAUGAAGGUUCUUUGCUUGUGAAGAACACUGCACAGAGGUGUCAUCAUCUCAGUUUCAAAACGCAUUCAUAAAAGGAGGAAUAAGCAGAAAGUGAGAUGUUUAUGUUUGCCAUGAUGCAUAAUUUGCUCUCUGAAGCUGAGCUUAGCAAGACGUGCAAGGGGAGUGAUGCUUCCUGUGAACUUUAUAUGUUACCUUGUAAGUGUAAAAACGGUUAAAAGACAGGUUUUCACAUUUUCCACAAGUAAACAGUUUGCAUUUAUGCAAUUAAGCAACGUGUGUAUUUAAACAUUAUAGCUGAAAGGUUUCACAACAGAUUAACCUGGGAACAUGGUAAUGAAUAUAGAAGAAAUACCUCAUACGUAUCACAAAAGAUUAACAGACACAACUGCAAGCUUCAUAUUUGUCUUUUUUUUGAUGUUCUUCUAAUUUCUUUUUUGUCGCAUGUGAUCUGUGUUCUCUGUUUGCUUGUAUGUGCUAUUUCUGCUUUAAUAUGAUUAUUUCACAUCUGUUUUGACUAUAUUUGACUGUUAAGCAUAUAUAUUUAUAUAAGCGUAUAAUGUUUUUCAAUGUCAGGUAUAUGUACCAAUUUCUAUAGCCUACAAGUUCUGUACAUAUAAAAUCCAUCAUUUCAAUACUUUUGCCAAACAAAACUCUUUGUCUUCUUGUUGCAUGUUAAGCUUGGACUAUGCAUUUGAAAAUGUGUAAUAUUUUAAAUAUUUUCACUGGUACUACUGAUAUGGUAAUAGACAUUUUCUGUAAAUAUUGUAAAAACAAGUGUUUCAGCAAUUUUGUGUACAUCUGAUUUGAAUUUAUUAAAUUGUAUUAUGGUCAUUAUCAUUAUGGAGUUGUAGCAUUGUAUUACAAUGCCUUUUAGAAAUACAAAUUUAUUUUAUUAUU